CCCCAUCCUACUGAGUACUGCUCUGAGGAGGGGAGACGGAUCCAGGGCCAGUCUUAAAUUUUAAUCCUUAAUUUGUGAUAUUCAAUAAUCAUCUCAGCUCAAACAUGUUUCAUUUCAUUUUUGUUAUUAAACAAUUUCAUAAAAAUGAACAAGAAUGACAAAUUCAAGUUCAACCUAUAUAAUAACUUUAACCUCGCAUAAGUUUGAGUGCUAGUGAUACUAUUGUAAUAGCACGUGCGAUUUAUUAUGCACAUUAAAGAAUAUGCUAUGUCACAUUUUUGUGAUAGUCAUAUCCGCAUUGCACACAAACAAAAUCGCAGUCUAACAUUUACAGCAUCAAGUCGUGAUUUGCGCUAUCAAAGAUACCGGUAUUACAAGGGGCAGGUCGCGUCGAAGGAAGGAAGGAAAAAGCUGCUGGUCUAAUUCCGAACUUUUGCCUGAAUUCAAGAAAGAUGAACAUAUAGAUUCUUACAUUAGAUUCUAGAGUUAACAGCCAUCACCGGGAGCAGGAAUUCUUCUCAAGGAGUUGGUACUGGAAACAAAGGAAGAUAAUCAAGUCAAUGUUAGAGGGAAGUAGACUGCUACAAUGUCAGAAGCAUCUGUCAGCCUGUGGUUAAAGUAUGAUACAUUCAACAUAGGCAUUUUGCCUGUAUCUCCUCACCCUAAACUCAGCCUUCAUUAUCUCAAGAAGAUAGCACUGUAUGCUAAAAAUAAAGGAAAGACUGGCUACCCAAGACUAGCUUAUUCAACAUGGAAGCACAUUGCUUGCAACAAACUAGGAAUGUUAGAGGAUCUAGCAUGGAUGUACUUUGAAGGCUUUGAUAUGCUGUGUGAUUACAGCCCAGAAGAGAGACUACAACAAAGGCAAGAUGCAGUUCACCAUACCAAAAAUAUAGAUGUUUGGAGGAAUGGUCAAAGCAUUGAUACACUGCAGUUCCUCCUGUAUCUGUAUCUCCAACAGCUUCACAAGAUAUCACUGAGAUCAUCGUUAGUGUCUGGUGAAGAAUGGCCAUCUCGAUCACGAUCACCUGACAUUGAUGGUAGGACUUCACCAGGACCUUCCUCUACCAAGAGUGUUGAUGAGAGCAACCAGCUGGUAUUUGUAUUGAAUCAUCUCAGUGAUAUCUUGGGACUCUUAGCUGAAGCAGACUCCUACUCAAGUACAGCCAAUGAUGUUCUUCUCUCUGUUCAAUCUGUAGAGGCUCUAGGAUUUCUCUUUGAAGGUUCUGUCAGCAAACACAAAAAUGUUCAGCUUGUUCAUCAAAUUGCAUUGCACCAGCAAAUACAGGCUAAAAGUGGAUAUUCUAAGAUCACUCAAGCCUUUUCUUUCAAGACAUUUGAAUCUUGGUUGAGGAGUAGUCUUAGUAACAGCCCUUUUGGUGUCACAGGCUGUAUAUCAAGUGGACAUAGACUACAAUGGUCAUCAGGUGAAGAUGGAGCCAAGAGGGGUAGAGUGGCAACCAACUGCAAUAAAGCUCCUAAAAGUUCACAGUUGGUCAUUCUUUCACAAAUCUCAAAACAGACAUUAGCCAAGAGUUCUCAGAUUCUUGUUGAUUCUCGUAUCAAGAUUCAUCGCUGUCACUAUGCAUUCAUUUAUCUGCUUUCUCCAGUCAGAGCUGUUAGCAUAGAGAAAUGUCGUCAUACAACGGUUGUUAUCGGUGCAGUUGAAACCACUCUACACCUUGUAGGAUGUGAACAUGUUACUGUCAUAGCAGCAGCAGGGAGAUUCUCAGUCAGUGGUUCAACAUUAUGCACUCUUCACAUGUUAACUCCAACCAGACCCUUACUCCUAGGAGGUAACGAUAGUAUUACUCUAGCUCCAUAUCACACUCACUAUGCUAUGUUACAUCAACAUAUGACUGCUGUAGGAUUAGCAGAGAAACCAAACCAAUGGAACAAUCCAAUUUGUGUUGGCCCUGAUCACACUGAUGAAAAUCCUGUUCACAAGACUAUGUCACCUAAAGAAUUCUUCACAUUUGUCAUUCCAUUUGAUAUGGAUGGAAUAACUGCAGAGAUUCCUGGUGGUCUUCCAUCGAGGUAUGAACGUGCUUUAGUGGACCGAGAAGGUCAGAUUAACAAUUGGCAACAAGCGGUCAAAGAUGCUGGACUCAAUACUGACCAGAAGAAACAAUUCCAAGCUCUUGUGGAAAACAAGUUUCAGAUAUGGUUGGCAGAAACUGGGCACAAGAGGGAGCUAGAUGGCUUAGUUCCCAGUGGUGGCUCUCCUACAAAAUAGGUGUACUUCUAUGUUUCUUUCUCUACCGUCCAGUUGUACUUAUUGUCGUAUCUUAUUUAUGAAAACCUUGAAAUCUUUACUGCAAUAUCUGUGUGUGUGUUUUUUUAUGAACAGUAGCUGUUGUAAAAUCUUAGGAAUUCAACUUUUUUUGUGUGUGUGUGUUUGGUGGUUAUUUUAUCUUUUAUUUAAUGCUCUGCAACUCUGAUAAAACUUGCAAUUUCUAGAAUAUUUGUGAUCCUUUUUUACAGAACAAUGAGUAUAUAGACACUGAUCAUCUGGGGUUAGGAGUAAAUGAAAUUGAAUAGUUGUAAAUCAAAGAGGACGAAAAUAAUUAUGGAGCCAAAUCAGUUCUUUACACCUCUCAUAUAGGUUACAUGUUACAAAAGAUUCUAGAUCAUUCCCUCAUCUCAUUACUUGUUUCUUGCAUGAAACAACUUAAAUUGAGCCACAUAAAAUAUUCAAUACUAAAAACUCUUGUGUUAACACUGACACUAAUUUAGAUUGGCAGAGAUGUAAUAAAUGCGCUUAGUUCAAUUAAAAAUACAGCUCAUGGUAUUGACAUGAUACAGCUAUAAAUGUACCCUGUUCAAAUAUUCUUUCAUGACUAUAAUUGUUUUGAAAAGCAACUUGAAUUUAUAACAUCACAAAUGUAUAUAAUGGAUGUAUACAAUAUUUGUUUUUUUCUUACUUUCGGCCGGUAAAUUGAAAAUGAAUGCCUAUACCAUUUUACAAAUUAUUUGAAUACCUAUUCUUUCCUCUCUUCUCCAUGGCAGAGAAGUAAAUAUGAUGGCAUUCAAUCUUCCUUUCUCUUUUUUUUUCUUUCCUUCCUAUAUUUUUGUUUACUAUUAUCAAUAGAAAAAAGUCACCAAACAAAUAUUGAAAAUUGGUCCCAAAACAAUAUAUCUCUGUUUGUGUGGGGUUUUUUUUUUCACAGACCAAAAAAAAAAGAGUCAAAUGAAGAAUCAACAUUAAACAUCAAAACAGAUUUAUCCGGUCCCCUUAACCAGCUGAUAUAUAUAAAUUAUGAAUCAUAACCAAAACACACAUAUGUAUAUAUUAUGAAUCUGAGAAUGCAUAAAAGGGAAGUCAUGAAAGAAAAAAAACGGACUAUGUAAUAUGUCUACACUCACAUAUUCAAUAGUGAAAACCAAAAUAACACUAAAUGCAUAGAUGGUUAAAUACACCAACAAUAAAACAUUGAAACAUGCAAGGUUAAAGAAAUAAUGCUUAUGGUCAGUGGCGUACCUAGGAUUUUCCACAGGGGGGGCAAAACCGUCCGCCAAAAAAUUUGACAAGCAAAAAAAAAAAAAAAAAAAAAAGGGUCUUCAAGCUCGUCAGGGGGGGCAAUAAAGGUCUUCAAGCUCGUCAGGGGGGGGCAAAAAAGGUCUUUCAAGCUCGUCAGGGGGGCAGGGAUACGUCCUUUGCAUGGGUUGUGGCUCGUCAGGGGGGGCAGUCUGCCCCCCCCCCCCCCCCCCCGUAGGUACGCUAGUGCUUAUGGUUCAUUAUCACGCACACAGUCAAUGUCUGUCAAUGUUGAGCUGAGUUUUCUUUCUGGUGUGCUGUUAAAUGUUUUAAGUACAAUCUGGGUGACGUUGUCCCUUAGGUAUGAUCUGCGUACGACUUCUGCUUCUGCUUUGCGAUGGCAUCCUUCGCUUUUGCUUGAUAUGUAGAUGGAUCGCUAAUAGUAGGUGGGUCAUCGCGACUGGGGUUGUUGACAUUGCUGGUAUGCGGGAGACGCGUAAUCGGAUCACGACAGACGAUACGGACUGACUCCUGCAGAUGUGUGUGUGAUAUUGACGAAGAAAUUUGAACAUUUUCUGCUUCCAUUUUUUUCACUCAAGAUUAUUGGCUUGUUGGCCAAUGUAGCAUUAUACAUUAAUUAAUGAACCCACAUUGCGAGGCGUAUUGUGUGAACUGAGCUGAAUUAAAUGGACUUCCGUUGUCAGACUUCAAGAUCUUCUCAAACCCCAAAACUGAGAGAACCUUGCACUGGCGUAAAUCCCGGGGGGGAUGGGGGGGAUAUAUCCCCCCCACUUUUCGAGGAGGGGGGAUGGCCUGUACAAACAUCCCCCCCAUUUUUUAC